AUAGCCACAUCUAUUUAUAUGCGGUCUGGAAUGGAUCUGCGACACAAAGGAACCCUUUGGCGAAUCAACCAAAGGAAAGGACAGCGACGAACAAAUAUGGAUGGAGGCCUGGAGUGGAUCUGCGAUGGAGAUGAAACUGCGAUUUCACCGGCAAAGAAGGUCCAAGCAACGGCGGCCGAUUCGGCAAAGAUGAAUUUGAUGAGCUCACGUCUUCGCACCUGGUUUCCUUCAAUGUAUGCACAAGAAGCGCACGUCUCCCAUAGGGUUUGGGGUUGUUUUUCUACGCUUUCGUCUGCGACGAAGUGUGGCUUUGUUGUGCGGCUUUCGUCCGCCUUCCAUGAGACUCUCUAUUUCGAGAGAUCGCAGCGCCUAUAUGGCGGCCAAAGGUUGUGUAUCCCUAGCAACAGGUGGAGAGGUUCGAGGAUGUCGUUCAUGGUUGAGAUCAAAAGGUCAUGGACGAAGCGUGGGGCUAGGGGCUAGAUCAGAUCUGGAUCGGAGGCAAGGAGCGGAAGAUGCUUCAGUACUGUUGGACCGUCCCCCCCUUGAACUGCCGUCAUGGAGUGCAAGAGAGUUUAGGGUUUGGAAGCAGUAUUUUAAUUUUAUUAUUUGCUUGCUAUUUAAUUUCCAUGGUCAGACUGUUCUGUUUUACUUUUAUUUUUUCCUUUGUUAUAAGACUCUUGCAUUAGGUUUGGGGGACGAGAGGUCUACGUUAAUCAUCAUUGGCUUUAUGUUGCCCAAAUUAGGUCUAGCGAGUUACAUUGAUUUGUCAAAGGUGAUUAACUCAGAGUCUCGGCCAAGGGCGGAUGGUUACAUGUGGUCAUUUUGUUAUCCUAUACCCCUGUUGAAUGCUAUUUUAUUAAUUUAAGCCCCC